UGUCCAUCGCACGAUGUAUUACGCCUGGCUGAUCCAUUUCCCCUGCUAUUGAGUGGUAGGCUGUGGAUUAGUACCUCGAGCCAACGCAGAGCCUGCAUGGGAGCGUAAUAGGAUCCUGCAUCAUUUUUAAUGGAAGAGCUCAGAAGGCUCCAGAACUCCCUGGAACAGGUCAAUGAUGGCAAAUACUCACUUCAAAGCCAUCAGCUUGCCAUGGAUGAGGAAAAUAAUAUUGAAAAAUACCAUAUCAACUUACAGCCCUUGGAAACAAAAGUGAAAAUCAUCCAGCGCGCAUGGCGGGAGUACCUGCGGCGCCAGGACCUGCGCCCCGAGCAGCUGGGCAAGCGCAGCCCAUCGCCGCCCUCCCUGUCCUCCGACAAGAUGAGCAGCUCCAUCAGCAUGAACACCUUUUCCGACAGCAGCACCCCGGUGAGUGCGGCCUCGGGCGCGCCGAUCUCUUUGCUCCUUUUUGCUGGUUCCCACUGAGGACUUUGGGGGGACGUGGAAGUUGUUGCAGUGUCGUGCAAGGGGACGGCUGAGCGCCGUGACCGGGUGUCGGUCUUGUGCAAGUGAGACGUAGAUCUUGGAAGCGCUGGGCACUGCACACAGCACUGGUGCUCUUGGUGGGGAAAAAAGAUGUUUCCCAAGUGUUUUGGUUUUUCUGCAGGAAGCGAAGAUCUUCCCUUCAGUUUGUGUUUGGUAUUUCGUGUUGGUGUUCUCCAAAAGGAAAAAGUGGCAAAUUCUGGUGUUUUUCCAAGAAAUCAGGGUGUUUUCUGGCAUUCUUUUGUCUGACUGAAAGAGACUUGGGGAAGUUGAUCUGGGGAUUAAAAAUUAAACUUGAUUUUGGAAGAAAUGCACCACCCUGCAGCCUGGGAAGCUACUGGUGGAGGCUGUGCUUCUCUUGUUACUGUGACUCUAAACCAGGAGCCCAAAUACAGAGCCAAUUUUAGAAAAUACUAUGUGGCUUUGUGACUAUCCCUGGCGUAGGGGUUUUUUAGGUCAAUAAAUCAGCAGAUAGAUAUCGAGCCUAUAAAUACUGCUUUCAGCUUGGAGACAGCGUACAUCUGUUUUGAAGAAACGGUGGACCCAGGUGCAGAAAGUCAUUCAGUAGUUGCAAAAAAUACAGGAGGUAGAAACGGCCGCAGUGCAUGUCAGGCUGUCCCAGUAAAUAAGGGUGAGGUACACCGCGUUGUCCGGCUGCAGCACGUGGGGCAGCUGGGGGCACGCUCUGCGGGUUGUUGGCACGAGGGCAUGGUGCUUAGUUAUGGAAGCUUUGGUGGUGGUCACAGGGAAGCGCGUGGUGGCUUCCAAAUUCACUGCAUAGCAAAGAAGCCAUUGACAGUGGGUUCUUAAAACAGAUGAGGCCUCUGCGCGAGGAGGUGGUGACUGUUAGUUGAACUUUGCCUUCAGAGCAUGUUAGCUGAAUCCAGAGCUGGAAAAAUGCCGUGUGGUGUAGGAAACUGCAUGGUCCCAGAGAUCCGCCAUGACUUCUUUGUGCUUCUGGUCUGUGAAUUAGGAGGAUGCUUCAAGUCCUUCCUCCAUCGGGCUGCGUUAUCCAGGUUAAACCUGACAUAGAGGCAGACUGCUUCCCGCUGCUGCUAUUUUUGUGGCACGGCGGUCGGGCAGGCGGCAUCAGGUUUGACAGCAUUUAAUGAAAUAUUACUGAGAGCGCACUGCUUUAUUUUUAGUUGCCUCAUGCUCAUUGCUGGAAGCCAGGAUGAUAAAGCGUGUCUCAGUAUUGGGUUAUGUGCUGAUGUUUCUCCUGUUAAGCAAAUUAAGCUCCUGUAAUGAGAGAAAUAACCUGGGGGCUAGCUGUUACC